AUGGCUCAAUCGCCACCAGCAUUGGAUACUUUGGAUAUCGUCUUUCUCGGCACCAUCGGUCUCGGCACCAUCGCGUGGUUUGCAAGACGCCAGAUUGCCGAACGCCUCUUUGGUUCAAGUGCUGCUUCCGAUGCAAAGACCAAUGGUCACGCCACUCCUGCACCACCCAAACGAGAACGUAACUUUGUAAAGAUUAUGCAAGAACAGGGUCGUAAGGUGAUCUUUUUCUAUGGUUCUCAAACGGGUACAGCUGAAGACUAUGCAUCACGUCUUGCCAAAGAAUGCUCUCAGAAAUAUGGUGUCAAUUGUAUGACGGCUGAUUUGGAAUUGUACGACUUGAGUUAUCUCGACACUGUUCCUGAAGAUUGCUUGGUGUUCUUUGUGAUGGCUACCUAUGGUGAAGGUGAACCUACCGAUAACGCUGUCGACUUUUGGGAUGUCUUGUCGGAGGAGGAGCCUCAAUUCUCGGAAGCCGAUGGCGACAAGCCUCUCCAGAACUUGAGAUACUUGGUCUUUGGCCUAGGCAACAAGACGUAUGAACACUACAAUGCCGUUGCACGCAAUGUCGAUAAGCGUUUGGAGGUCCUUGGAGCUCAUCGUAUCCAUCCACGUGGUGAAGGUGAUGAUGAUGGUUCUCUCGAAGAAGACUUUUUGGCUUGGCAAGAAAACAUGUGGCCCGCCUUUUGUGAAGCUCUUGGUGUGGAUGAAAGUAAUGCUCAUUCGGGUCCUCGUCAAGCAACCUAUUCUGUUGAGGAACUUGUGGACGUGAAUAUGGAUGAUGUCUAUUUGGGUGAAUUGGCUGAGAAACCAAAAGAGGGAGCACGUAUCGUGUAUGAUGCCAAACGUCCUUUCAAUGCACCCAUCGCCAGCAGUCAAGAUUUGUUCACCAGCACCGAUCGUCAUUGUUUGCAUAUGGAAAUCGAUGUCUCUGACAGCAAUCUCUCUUAUCAAACCGGUGAUCACAUUGCUAUUUGGCCCACCAACAGUGAAAACGAAGUCGCUCGUCUCGCAUCCAUUCUUGGUCUCGCUGAUAAACUCGACACGGCUAUUAAUGUCAAGGCUAUUGAUCCUGCUGCAUCCAAAAAGUAUCCAUUCCCUUGCCCUGCUACUUAUCGUGCCAUUUUCCGCCACUACUUGGAUAUCUGUGCUGCUGUGUCUCGUCAAUCAUUGAUGGCAUUUGUGGAAUAUGCACCCACUGAAGAAUCAAAGGAACGCUUACGUCAAUUGGCUAAGGAUAAGGAUGAGUAUCGUUUGACGGUGGGCGAAGCUGUACGCAACUUGGGUGAGGUAUUGGAGAUUGUGGCAGGCAAUGAUGUGAAGCCCGGCUUUUUCUCUUCUGUGCCAUUUGAUUUGGUGGUGGAAAGCAUUUCACGUCUUCAACCUCGUUACUACUCCAUCUCAUCCUCUGCCAAGGAGAGCCCAAAGAAGAUCGCUGUUACUGCUGUUACACUCAGCUACCAACCUGAUCCUACACCUCAACGUACCGUUUAUGGCGUCAACACCAACUACUUGUGGCGUAUCCACACUGCCUCCAAGCAACAAUCCAUUGACGCUGAUUUGCCAACCUAUGAUUUAUCGGGCCCUCGUAAUGCUUUACAUGGCACAAAGUUACCUGUGCACGUGCGUCGAUCACAAUUCAAGCUUCCUCGUAACCCAACUGUGCCUGUUAUCAUGGUGGGUCCUGGUACCGGUGUUGCUCCUUUCCGUGGCUUUGUGCGUGAACGUGCUUUGCAAAAGAGUGAAGGCAAGCCUGUGGGUCCUACUUUAUUGUUCUUUGGCUGUCGCAAUUCCGAACAAGACUUUUUGUACAAGGAUGAAUGGCCAGCUUUGUUCGAUACACUUGGCGAAUCAUCUCGUAUCAUCACUGCUUUCUCACGUGAAACAGCACAAAAGGUGUACGUUCAACAUCGACUUCAGGAGAAUGGUGAAGAGGUUUGGGGAUUGUUGCAACGAGGUGCAUACAUUUACGUAUGCGGUGAUGCAAAGAACAUGGCACGUGAUGUCCAACAAACGUUUGUCAACUUUGGUAUCGAAUUUGGAGGACUUUCGGAUGACAAGGCACAUGACUUCGUAAAGAACUUGCGUAGCACCGGUCGUUACCAAGAAGACGUGUGGAGUUAA